AUGGCCAACGAGCGUCAAGAACUACAAGAUGAGGAGGAGAUUCCGUUGAGCCAUUAUUCAUGUCCUAGCAUUGUAAAUGCUCCAUCUUGCAUUGUGCUUCCUCCGACAAAUGCCAACUUUGAGAUCAAGCCAAACAUGUUGUCUAUUCUACCUACUUUCCAUGGCAUGGCUAGUGAGAGGCUAUAUGAUCAUAUAAUUGAGUUUGAUGCCAUAUGUUCCACUAUGCACUUGGGAGGAUUAACUUUGGAGGGUUUGAAGCUUCGAUUAUUCCCAUUUUCUUUGAAAGAUCAAGCACGCACUUGGUUUCAUAAGCUUAAGCCAAGAUCCAUUCUCUCUUGGGCCGAUAUGCAAAGAGUCUUCUUGAAUGUAUAUUAUCCAUAUCAUCGGACUACUUAUAUGCGGGAUAGCUUGACCAAGUUCUUUCAAGAGGAUAAUGAGACUUUUUAUGAUGCAUGGGAGCGCUUCAAGGAUAUUGAGUUAGGUUGCCCUCAUCAUGGACUUUCCAAGUGGCUUAUUUGUGAAUCUUUCUACAAUGGGUUGAUUAUUGAUGAUAGAAGAAGAUUGGACAAUGCAUCGGGUGGAAAUUUUCUUAAGAAAUGUCCUAAUGCCGUUUGGAAUACUUGUGAGGAAGUGGCUACCCAAUCCGGUCAAUGGGAUAAUCAUCAAAGGAGAAGAGGAGGUAGAGACGAUCACACAUCUAGAGGCCGAGAUUCACAAGCAUAUGAUACUAGAAACCGAGUUGAUAUGGAGCCUCAUGGUAGAGGCGUGUACGAUGUUUCUCAUGUUGAUAAAGAUGAUGGAGUUAUGAAUUCCAAGCUUGAGAGGCUUGAAGCAAAGAUUGACAAGAAAUUUGAGAUGCUUCUUCAAGCGCAAAAGGGUAGUGGUUCACCUUCUUCACAUGUCAAGAGUGUUACUUCUUCACAUCUUUGCUUGAUUUGUGAGUCCCAUAAUCAUUCUACUCAUGAUUGUCACUUGGCUUCACAAUUUCCGGAAUUUGUUGAGGAACAAGUUAGAGCUAUUAAUUCUUAUCAAAGGCCACCACGAAAUGAUCCUUAUCCUACUACAUAUAAUCCGGGUUGGCAUAACCACCCAAAUUUCUCAUGGAGAGAUGGUGGAGGGUCCUCUAAUGCACACCAAGGUGGUUCUCAUUCAUAUGAAGGGAAUCAAGGCCCUAAUUCUUCAUCUUUUGGUCCUCACGGUCAUGGAAACACACAAUUUAGUGGACAAAAUCAUUAUGGGUAG